CUCGCUCCCCACACCCCAGCGGAGCCGAGUCCGGGAGGGACGCAUCACACCAGCUCUCCGCCGACCCCCAGCCCCCGCCCCGCCCAUGGCCGCGCCGGGACCCCGCGCCUUACGGGCCGCGCUCUGUGGCGGCUGCUGCUGCCUCCUCCUGUGUGCCCAGCUCGCUGUGGCUGGUAAAGGAGCUCGAGGCUUUGGGCGGGGAGCCCUGCUCCGCAUGAACAUCUGGCCAGCUGUCCCGGGGGCCUGCAAACAGUUCAAGCUCUGUGAGCAUUGUGUGGAGGGGCACAAAGCACACAACCUCUCUGGCUGCGUGUGGGAGCAGUGUCAGCCAGAGGAGCCAGGACACUGUGUGGCCCGAGCUGAGGUGGUCAAGGAAGGUUGCUCCGUCUACAACCGCUCAGAGUCGUGUCCAGCUGCCCACCACCACCCCACCUAUGAACCAAAGACAGUCACAACAGGGAGCCCCCCAGUCCCUGAAGCCCACGGCCCUGGCUUUGAUGGGGCCAGCUUCAUUGGGGGCAUCGUGCUCGUGCUGAGCCUGCAGGCAGCGGCCUUCUUCGUCUUGCGCUUCCUCAAGGCCAAGGACAGCACCUACCAGACACUAAUCUGACCCCCUUCAGGCCUGGAUUCCACACUGAGGGGAAGGAGGACGAAGAGGCUGCCCUCUCGGCCCCCUUGUAGGUGCCGGGGUGGGAAGAACUUUGGCCACCGAUUUCUGGCCCCUGUGGGCAUUAAGCAGGCUCAGUGCCUGGCAGCUGACAUCCCCUCCUGUCCCGGGCCUGGUACCUGCGGCUGAGAGCAUCCUUCAACCACCUCGCGUCUUAUCCAUUAUCCCUGUGGGCCCCCUGCCUGGCACGGGGUCUGUGCCUGCCUCUUCCCACCCACCUGGCACUGCCCUCAAAUAAAGGAAUUCUUUCCAGCACUGUGCUUCA